UGUUCGAACUUUGCGGAAUGUCGGACCACGAAGAAGAGUCGCAUGGAGCUUCUCCAACAUCCCCUGCUUCAUCAGGAGCUUCAUCCCCAUUGGCUCCAAUUUCUCCUCGCUCGGAAGGAAACGCCCCAGAAUCACCAUCGGGAGAUGUUCAGGAUAUCUACAAGGAUGAAUCGUUCGAGGCUCCGGCUAGUCCAGCUCGUGACAGUUCUGCUCCAGCAAGUCCAUCUGCCGCAAGUCCUGCUGGCUCAAGAUCACCGUCACCAUCGCCGGUCAAAACCAAAUCAAAAGUUAUGAUAGACAGUGACGAAGAUUCUGAUGCGGAGGAAAGUGCGAACAAGCGAGCUUUGAUAGACUCUGAUGCAAGUGAUGCAGAAGGAAAGAAAAGAAGAGUAAUGCUCGAUUCUGAUGAUUCUGAUCAUGAAGGCACCUCCAAAAAAGAGCCAACCACAAAAAAUCUUUUUGGUGAUGACAGCGAUGACGACGACGAGGAUCGACCAAAAAAGACGAAUGAUUUGGAUGAAUUUGUGGAGGGCCGUGACGAAGAAGAAAGUCAGGAAACUUCAAAGCCUGCCUACGACAGUGACGACGAUGAUGGUCCAGUAGACAGGCAUGGACGUCAUUUUGAAUGGGACUUCGAUAAAAUGCUCGCCGAGAAAAAGGCAGAACGUAAGAAGAAAACUCGUCGUGGAGGAAAAGACGGAGGAAUUGAUAUAAUCAAUGACGAUGACGGUACCGUUUCACGGCUCGUUGAAAGAAUGAAACACGCGGCGAAAUCUGACAGAAAUGCAAAUAUUGAACGAAAGCCUGCUUUCCAGAAAAUCAAAAUGCUUCCUGAAGUGAAGGCAAUCAUGCUUCGAGCUGGAAUUGUUGAAGUUCUAAUUGAAAACGGCUUUAUGAGUGCUCUUUCCGAAUGGCUUGCUCCACUUCCAGACAAAUGCCUACCGGCACUUGAUAUUCGUAUAACUGUGCUCAAGUUGCUUCAUAAUCCACGAUUUUGGAAACUCGACAGAAGUACACUGAAGCAAUCGGGUCUUGGAAAGGCUGUCAUGAUGCUUUAUAAGCAUCCUAAUGAAACGAAAGAAAAUAAAGGAAUUGCGAAUAAGCUCAUUGGAGAAUGGGCCAGGCCAAUUUAUCACCUAGAUACUGACUACAGUACCGUUUCAAGGCAAGAACGCGAAGAAAGGGAUUAUUCUAGAAUGCCGGAGAAAAGGAAAAAGAAGAUCAACAGCCGAGAUGAAGAAGAACCCAAUGAUGACGAUCAACCGAAACGACCACGAAUCAGGGAUGCCGAUGAAAUGGGGCCAACGAAAUCUGAUGAUCUGAAACCUGGAGACAAGGGAUACAUUCCAAGAGCACGUGUUCCUAAGCCAUCUACCAAAGAUUACGUCAUCAGACCAGAGUGGAGAGUUACUGGAGCGUUCAAGGGGGAGAAGAAAUCCACUGGUAACAACAGAUAUGAUCAGACAUUCCGCGAUUUCCAAGAGAGAACCAAAAAAUCGAAGGCAAAUCGGAUUGUUAAAGUAUCUCUCGAAGGAAGAAACAUGGGCAUUUGAACCCGGAGUUAAACUACAAAUUAUUGUUUUAUUUAUUUACCUUUCUUUGACACCUUUAAAAUGUUGUACUCUGUUUUCAACAUGUAAUUUUUUCUGUAUCUGAUCGUCUUGAAUAAAAUGUGUUUGUCUUUG